UCCCCAGAGCGCACCACGGGCUGAGGAGGAAGCUGCUGCUCCGGUGUGACAGAACCCAGCCACGGGAUCAAAGAACAGCGCUACGGGUUCAAAGACCGAGGACUUGAGCUUGAACUCUUCAUUUAUCCACACUGAUUGAAUACGCGGUCCAUUUAUUGUUUACGGCAGGUUAAAAUGUCGAAGCAACCCGCGUCUGCGCGCUUCCGGAGGGUGGACGUGGAUGAAUACGAUGAAAACAAAUUCGUGGAUGAAGAGGACGGAGCAGAGAACCAGCUGGGUCCAGACGAGGCGGAGGUGGACUCUCUCAUCAGACAGGGGAGUCUAAUAGAGGCGUUGCAUGCAGUUUUGAAGAACCCACCAAUCAACACAAAGAACCAGAAUGUCAAGGAUCGAGCAGAGGGUUUGGUUCUUAAAGUGCUCACAGCGUUCAAGAGCAGCGACAUAGAGAAAGGUGUUCAGUCUUUGGACAGAAACAGUGUAGAUCUCCUCAUGAAAUACAUCUACAAAGGCUUCGAGAGGCCCUCAGAAAACAGCAGCGCCGUGCUGCUCCAGUGGCAUGAAAAGGCUUUGGCAGUGGGCGGAGUGGGCAGCAUCGUCAGGGUCCUCACAGCCAGAAAGACGGUCUAGACCAGGAUCUUAAACCAAGAUCUAAACCAGGAGCACUUCACGUCACAUGAUGAGAGCAGCGCUUCAUUCACUCAACCAGAUGGACAACAGCAACCUUUUAACCCAAUGAAAGGCUGCUGCUGAGUGCAAGUAUAAUCUGGGUUUAAAACGGUUCACUCCUUUAACUGAAUACAGCCUACUUUAAUAUAUCAUUACAGGGUGCUACAGAAAGCCAUCUCUCACUCUCAUUUUACUAAUGGGCAUGCUAUUUAUUAUUACCUCUAGCUAGACACUCAUGUUUGCAGUAUUUUAUUACAUUUUGGCAGUAACGUUUCAAGUUUAUAAUUUGGACGAUUCAUUAUCUUGAUUGCAAAACUGGAAUAGGCCACAAAUGAACAAUUAUAUGAGACUGAAUAUAACGUGAUAACAAGACAAGAUGAUAGCAAGUUAAGGUAUGUUAAAAUUACUCAAAAUAAAGUUAUGACUUGAGAUCCAUAUAUUAACUUCAAUGUUGAAAUAUGAUUCUGCAAUGAAAGGAAAGUUAAAGUGUUCUUGUACAGAUCUACAUGGUACUAGGAUCAUUUGGUUUCUAUAGUUGGGAUGCACCGAUCCAAUGACAGAAUUUUCUGUUCGAAUACCGAUGUCGAUACUUUGGCUUUAAGUAUUUGCCAAUAUCUGAGAUGAACAAAUUCUAGGGCAGAGACUGAAAAUAUGAACAUAAACAAAAUGACAAAAUGGCAAAAUGGUUAAAUAUAAUCCAUAUGCGGGCGCAUCAGCAGAAAUUUCUUAUAAAUUAUUAAGUAGGCCCCUAAGACCCUGCAUGGGGCCCGGGACAACAGAUCCUUUUAUCCCCCCCGUAGACUCCCCUGUCCAUAUGUGUUCUGUAACUGUUACUACAGAAGAGCUUUGAAAAAGUAGAAGUUUAAUAAUUUGAGGGGUUUUGGGCAAACAUCAACUAGUAAAUCGUCUUAUCCAUCCAGUGAACCGAUAUCUUGAAAUCCAUUAAAAUGUUUUAAAAGUACCAGUAUACCAGUAUUGUAUACAUUCAUCCCUUCUCUAUAGCUGAAAAUGUCUAAGGUUUCAUUUCUUUCUAGCAAGAGCACAACCUUAUUAACCUUAUUAAACGGCCUACACACUCAUCUAACAAAAUAUUUUUUUAAAACGCAUAUAAUUUGAAUCUCUUUACCAAUAGCUGCUUUUACAAUAUACUGUCUGGAGUAUAAGACGAGGUACAGGCCCUAAUCCUAUUGCUAUUUACAGGUUUAAUCCACCUGUUUAUAGGCGCCAUUUUGAGGACUUUUCACCAUUCAAAAGAUAGAAUAUUUCGUUUAUUGUCUAUUGCUAUGACAACACUAACAACUCAUGGAUUCCACAUUAUGCCUUUAGCCUUUAGCGGUUGAUGUCACACACGCGCGCACACACACUCGCACACACAGGGGGGAGGGGGAUACAUCUCUUCAUUCAUUUAUUCAUUCACCCGUACUGUCUGGCCCAGUUUAGGAUUAUUAUUACUCACCAGUAAUCUAAUCCUUCCACUUCACAUCUCCCCGGUCUUUCCGCUGUCCUGUACAAGGCACCAUACUGUGCAGAUUAUCUAUGUCCUGUUUAAUUGGGAUUGUUGAAAAAUCUGUAAUUCCAAAUUAAGAAAUUGAAAAAACUGCAAUUUUUCUUUUAGAUAUAUGCAAAAUUUGAAUAUAAUGUGCUGUAUAUUGUCUUUCUUUAAAAUGAACAAUAGGAAACUUGUUAUAUAAUUUUUCACCAAGGGUACUUUAAAAUGAUAUUUUAGCAUUUUUGUGUUUGUUUGUUUCAAUUUAAAAUCAAUUCUCUUAUUGUGCAAAAUUUUAAUCUCAACCAAGACAUUACAGGCAGUUUUGCACUUUUCUGAUAUAUUGUAUGUAUUAUUAUUAUCAUCUGGAUAAUCAAAAAAGUGUUGAAUUAAUAAUAUGCAUUAAGAUGAUCAAAUCCUGUGUCGCAAGUUUAGUAUUAAGAACUUAUUUUAAGCUUAAAAAUCAGUAUUAUUUUACAUCCAUUUUCAACCACACUUGCACAACUCACAAAGGAAGAAAUCUGAAAUGCAACGCCUGCCUCAUGAGGAUGUAAAAAUGUAUGUUGCCAAAUAAUUAUUUCAUAUGAUUGAAGUAAUGUAUUGAUUAGUAUUAGUUAAACAUAAUUGUGUAAUAUGCUUGUUUGGUUUUUGCUUCUUUAACUUUUCGUACUGGGCAUUUAGAUCGAUUUGAGUUUUGUUUUGUUUUUUUUGUGAUAUCACGUCAAAUGAUUUAAACAUGCUUUGAGAGAGAGAUGGGUGCGGUAUCGAAAAACUUAUAUCGCUAUUGAUACUUUGCAAUGACAUCAUGAUGGGGGUGUUCUACAUGUACAGUAUAUCUAUUGGCAGAAUGUUUAGGAGUUACCACGGUGACACAAUGCACAUUUUAGCAAACACUGUCAAAAAACAUUUUAGGAUCAUCUGAAAACUCAAGAAAAAAGACAAAAUGGAUUUAAACUGCACAAAUCAGCUCACCCAUUGAAGAUGAUAUCAGUGAAGUAUCAAUUGUUGAUUAUUGAUUAUAUUGUCUGUAAUAAAAAAAAACAAUUAGCAAAAAACUCAUCCUUUCUUUGAGACAUGUUUAAGUCUAUAAAAAAAAAGACAGUAUAUAGAUGAGUUUUUCAGUUGCAGUGUUGACUUGAAUACUAAAAUAACAGUUAUGUUUUGUGAAUUUCUGGUCUAAUACUGUUUUUGUUUUUUUUGCUUUGACUGAAAAGAAAAUGUGAAUUGAAUCGUUUGUGACUGAUGGACAAUUGCCUUAUAUGAAACUAAUUUUUAUGUUUAGCUUUUUGAUUAAAAUAAUAAAAUGUAAGAAUGCUGGUGAUAAA